UGCUCAGGAUGAGACUACAGUGGAAUAUGAGCCUGAGGUGAUGGAGAGUGAUGAGGCUAUGGAGGAGGAGAUGGCCAAGCCAUCGAGUGGACUGCCACCAGUCAGGCGGCUUAGGCUGCGGGGAGACUGGUCCGACACUGGGCCCGACGCCCGUCCUGAGCGGGAUGUAGGCCAGAGCACAGAUGCUGCUCAAGCAAGACCGACACUGCAUGCUACACUGAUGCAGCGCAUGACCGAUGUUUCUCUCGAGAAUGUUGAAUGACCCGGCCACCCGGGCUGCCUUGAGUCAUGGUGGAGAGGAUGAUCACAAUGAGUAUGCUGAAGAGAAUAGUCGUGAUCGCCCAGAAGAUGCCUCUAAUGCAAGAAACCCUGAGUAUCCAGAGGCGGAAGCUCCUGUCGUGGCAGUUUCCAUUGAGGAAAUAUACUCAGAUUCCAGCUCACAACUG